AUGCGCAUGUGUCUGACUGCGGACAUUGGCGGUUACUACACGGGCGCCCUCGAAGAGGGCCGCGACCAGUUCGGCGUCAAGGGUGACUUCGUGACAUCGCCCGAAAUCUCGCAGGUUUUUGGUGAGCUCUGCGGUAUCUGGUUCGUGGCCGAAUGGAUUGCCCAGGGCCGUCAGAGCCGCGGCGUCGAGCUGAUCGAGGUCGGGCCCGGCCGUGGCACCCUGAUGGACGACAUGCUGCGGACCAUACAGAGAUUCCCGGCGAUGGCUAACAGCAUCGACGCUAUCUACAUGGUCGAGGCGAGUCCGGAACUCAGAAUGGCCCAAAAGAACCUCCUUUGCGGCGAGAAUGCGCCCAUGACCGAGUCCAAGGUCGGCUACCACAGCGUGUGCAAGUACAACGCACUGCCCAUUGUCUGGACCGAGACGAUCAAGUCCAUUCCCAUUACCGCUGAGAAAAUGCCUUUCAUCAUGGCACAUGAAUUCUUCGACGCCCUUCCGAUCCACGCCUUCCAGCUGGUCUCGGUCCCCGCAACCCAAGCCAGGCCUCCCUCUCCGUCCGACACGUCCUCUCCCUCCACCAAGACCUCGCACCCAACCCUCGAAUGGCGCGAGAUGGUCGUUUCCCCAACACCGCCAGGGUCGACCCACGCCUCCCUCAACACACCCGCCUCCCAAUCCCGCGACACUCCGCCCCCCGACUUCCAGUUAACCCUCUCCCCGACCUCGACACGCCACUCCCUCUACCUUCCCGAGUCCUCGCCUCGCUACCGCGCGCUCAAAACGACAGUCGGCGCCGGCGCCCUCCUAGAAAUCUGUCCCGACCUGUCGCUCUACGCCGCCGACUUCGCCGCCCGCAUCGGCGGCUCCCCGCAACAUCCCAAGCGCAAACCCUCCGGCGCCGCCCUGAUCCUCGACUACGGCCCGGGUGACGGCUCCAUCCCGACAAACUCUCUCCGCGGCAUCCGCCGCCACAGACGGGUCAGCCCCUUCGCGGAGCCUGGCCUGACAGACCUCAGCGCCGACGUGGAUUUUGCCGCGCUCGCCGAGGCAGCGACGCGGGCCAGCGACGGGGUCGAGGUGCACGGCCCUGUGUCACAGGCUGAUUUCUUGGAGAUGAUGGGCAUUCGGGAACGGGUGGAGACGCUGAUUACCAAGGACGGCGACUCGGUCGGGAAUGGUGGUGGGGAAGAUGGGAAGAAGAAGCUGAAGAAAGAGGAUGUGGAGAGGGCGAUGAGUAGGCUUGUUGAUAGGGGCCCCGGCGGGAUGGGCAAGGUGUACAAGGCGUUGGCGAUCCUGCCUGAGAAUGAGGGGCGGCGGCGGCCGGUCGGAUUCGGGGGUGAUGUUCCUGCUGCGUGA